GACGCAGCAUGGACGACUACGGCUGCUACCAGCACACAAGGAUGGUGGGUUGGAGGACUCAGAAGCAGGUCAAAGGUCAGAGCUCAUCCUAUCCUUCUACCUGUGACCUGUGACAUCACACAUCUGACAGGAAGUGGUCAUCAUGGUGGGCGUGGUGGCGUGCGGCUCGGUCAGCUCCAUCAAAGCUCUGUGGGAGACGAGGAUCAAGAAGAUCCAACAGGAAGAGGAGGAGCAGAGGAGCAGGAAGGCCAGGGGCGGACCUACAGGCAGGCUGGGUGUUGGGUUCUGGGAGGACCGGGCGGUCCUGGCCCGUCUCAAACAGAAGCUAGUGACUGAAGACGGGCGUCUGAUCCUCCGGAUUGAACAUGAGGAAUGGAAGGUGUUACCUGGCUGUCUGGUUCAGCUCAAUCAGGUCCAGGAGUGGCAGAUCCACCGGACCGGGCUACAGAAGAUCCCUCCCUUCAUCUCUAGCUUCCAGAACCUUCUGGUUCUCGACCUAUCCAGAAACGGGAUCGCAGAAAUCCCUAAACAGAUCGGGAGUCUGACCCGGCUCAGAGAGCUCCUGCUGAGCUACAACAGAGUCCAUGAUGUUCCUGAGGAGCUGAGUGGCUGUCAGAGUCUGGAGCGACUGGAGCUGGCUAUGAACCGAGACCUCAGCCAGCUACCUGACCAGCUCAUGAACCUGAAGAACCUGCAGCACCUGGACCUGUCCAUGAACCAGUUCACCUGUAUGCCGGACUGCGUGGUCGCUCUGCCCGCCCUGGAGUGGCUGGACAUGGGAGGAAACCAGCUGGAACACUUACCUGAAGACAUCCACAGGAUGGAGAAUCUUCACACGCUGUGGCUGCAGAGGAACCAACUAGAGAGGCUCCCUGACAACAUCACUAGGAUGGCUCAACUCGACACGCUAGUCCUCAGCAGCAACCGACUCCGAGACAUCCCCCCUCUGAUGGAGGGCAUGUCCAACCUCAGGUUUGUGAAUUUCCGGGACAACCCUCUCACUCUUGAUGUGACACUGCCAUGCAGAGCGACAAAGCGUGAGGACGAGGAGGGUGAGGAUGACGAUGAGGAGGAUGACAGGGAGAUGUUUGGACGAGAGUUCAUGCAGAUGUACAUCCAGGAAUCUAGGAAGAGAGCGUACGCCGUGCUCAACAUACACUGUGUCAAGCAGCCGAAUGACGACGACUCUUCACAAUAAAAUAAUUGCUGAUUUUCUUCUUCUGGACUUUUCCUUCAAAGCUACAGGUUUUAAAUCAGAGGAGAAGACUCUCAUGUCUGCUUUGUAGACACUUUAAAUGUUCACAUCUGUUUCUGAGGCUGGAGUGUAAAAAUGAAUCAAUAGAAGAAGAAGGACUUUCAAUGUGAACACGUUAGUGAUAAACGCUGUAUUAAUCCAGACUGUUGAGUGUUUAAACCUG